AUGGAAUAUUCCAAAUUACAAUGCAAUUAUGCAUCACAAAUUCACAAUAUUUCUUGUUUUCAAUUAUUAAUCUAUCAAGACAUGAAGUUGCCUGAAAGCUGUGUAGCAAUAAUUCCUGCUCCUGACCCAUAGGAUGGUAAUCACAUACAUGAUUGGCUUAAUCAAGAAUCAUGGAUAUCUUUCAUAACUCAUCACAAGUUGGAACUAGUGGUCAACAUUGGGACAAUGCAGCCCAAAAUAAAAGGGCUGAAUAUUCUCAUGGAGUGAGCAAGACCUGCCAGCAGAGCUCACUGGAGCAGGGAGACAUCCCGUCAUCCUUUUGGCGCCUGACAAAAUCAUCACACCAGCCGAAGUUGCUGUGCAGAGGGAGGAGAUCGUCCGAGCAUCAAGCCUCAUCCCGUCACAGAGGAAGGGUAUCCUACAAACAGCCAGUGUCCCUUCACAGAGGGAGGGGAUUCUCUCAACCGCCAGCAUCAAUGCACAGAGGGAGGAGAUCCUACGAUCAUCAGGCCUCAUCCCUGCACAGUGGAAGGGGAUCCUCCAAACAGCCAGUGUCACUGCGCAGAGGGAGGAAAUCGUCCCAAUGGCCAGCGUCCCUGUGCACAGGGAGGGGAUUGUCCCAAGGGCUAGUGUCCCUGCUGAGAGGGAGGAGAUCCUCCGAGCAUCAGGCCUCAUCCCUGCACAGUGGAAGGGGAUCCUCCAAACAGCCAGUGUCACUGCGCAGAGGGAGGAAAUCGUCCCAAUGGCCAGCGUCCCUGUGCACAGGGAGGGGAUUGUCCCAAGGGCUAGUGUCCCUGCUGAGAGGGAGGAGAUCCUCCGAGCAUCAGGCCUCAUCCCUGCACAGUGGAAGGGGAUCCUCCAAACAGCCAGUGUCCCUGCACCGAGGGAGGGAAUUCUCCGAGCAGCUAGCAUCACUGCGCAGAGGGAGGAGAUCCUCCGAGCAUCAGGCCUCAUCCCUGCACAUAGGGAGGGGAUCCUCCGAGCAUCGGGCCUCAUCCCUUCAAAGAGGGAGGGGAUUCUUCCAGCAGCUUCUAUCACUGCGCAGAAGAAUAAGAUCCUCAGAGCUUCACAACUCACCCCUGCACAAAGGGAGUUGAUCCUCCUGAUGACCAGUGUCACUGCGCAGAGAAAGGGAAUCUUCCCAAAGGCCAGCGUCCCUGCGCACAGGGAGUGGAUCGUCCCAAAGGCUGGUGUCCCUGCAGAGAGGGAGGAGAUCCUCCUCACAGCCAGUGUCCCUGUGAAGAAUGAAAAAAAUCAUCCACAACCACCUCCCAUCAUCCCCAUGGUGGCACCACUGUGGAAAUGGGAUGGUGGAGCGUGUACUCCACCUGUGGAUUUCUAUUCCAAGAGAAGAGAUGUCCGACUUAGAUAUGUUGAGCAUCCUGCUAUGAUGUCCAUCACCAAGCCGGAACACUCCGAUGCCAAACCUCAGUUCCAGACUGGCACCCGGCCGGUGGCUGAGACCGAGACCCCUGCUGUUCACAAUAACAGUGGAGGCUGGCUCAGCUGGGUCUUUGGGAGUGGAAGAGCUAAUAAGAAGGAGGUUCAUCUACCUGAGGACAAAGACCGAUCUAUUGUCUGGGAUCCAACUCUGCACAGAUGGGUUAACAGAACUGAGCCCAAGGCUGAGAAGAAGUGUGUACCACCACCUCCACCGAUGGGGACAUAUGGAUAUCAGGGGAACACUGGCAGUGUCCCCAAAGGAGUGAAUCCCUACUCUAUGAAAGCUGCAGGUCUAUGGGGCAGCAGACACCCUACAAUGCAUUUCAAUGAUGGGACCAACUCAAAGCCUCCAAGCCAUGGGCCUGGACUGCUUACUAGACAGCUCUCUGGCUUGCUCCCUUCUUCACACUUUGACCUCAUGGCACCAAUGGUUGUGCCACCUGACAUUCUACCCUACUGAGGCCAAUUAACCAGAGUGGAUUUGCCAAACAUAUUUUUUCAGUGUUAAAAAACUUCAGCAUUAAAAAAUAUGAAAAGAUAAUUUUUAAAUUAAAUCUCUCCUUUGUGUCCUCAUGUAAUUUGAUGUGUUCUAUCAUCGUUUACAAUGCUUAUUGCUUCUGCAUUGCUUUACGUUACAGACAAGUGUAUAUUAUACACAUAUUUUAUUUAAGAAAUGCAUUUUGGAUUUCCUACAUUUACUUACUGUACAGACAGAUAUAUUUUAUACACAUAUAUAUUCUUUUUAAACAUUUUUAAAAAUGUAUUCCAUAGACACAUCUAAAUAUAUUUAGAUGCAUUUUGAAUUUCUAAAUGUCAAUAUUUUUACUAUCUGUGUCAAAUGCUUAUGCCCAUUUAUGUAC